AUGGAGGAACUGAAUAGCGCCUGGGUGCGCAUGACGAAGCUGCUGCACGCGCUCGAGGCGCAGGCCAACGAGAUGGACCAGAAGAUGGCCGACGUCAGAGCCUUGGCGAUCGGUCAGCAGCAAACACCUCCAACCGUUCCCGAGCUGCUCAAGAAAAGCGGCCAAUCUAUACCACCCACAACGCUGACCGUAACAGAAGCCAACGCACAAGAAGAGCGCGAACGUCCGCGCAGCCUCAGUGCCAAUCUGGCCGGCUACAGCAGCCUGAGCGGUGCCAAAGGGAGGGAUGACGAUAUUCACAUCACCGCGGCGGUCUCCAUAGCGCACAAGGACGGCCUGUCCUACGAUGAGCACGAACUAGUGAUCCCCUUCAACAGCACCAUCGACCGGGUGAAGCGGCUCAUCUUUCAAGUUGUGCCUCAGCUUCAUGAGAACAGACUGGACGAGUUCGAGCUCUCCAUCGAUGGGGAAGAGCUCAUGGUGGAGUUCAACCGAUUCAGCGAGCUGCCGGCCGUGCGAAUGGCCAUCGCCUCGAGGGAGCCGGUCAUGGUCGAGGUGCAGGCCAAGGAGUCCAAGAAGAAGCGCAACAGCAAGAAGAAGGAGAAAGAGAAGAAGGCCAAGGGAUCUAAGCUCCACCUAUCCGGCGGCAGCAAGAUCGUGGCCAAGACCCUGACCCCCUCCCUGGAGCGGCGCGGCGCCGGGACCAGCGCGGACUCGUCCGGGAGGUCGGUUCUGGGCCUCAGGCCGGCUGCCGCCACCCCCGACGUCCUGGGAGACCGACCCGGCACCCCAACGCGCGAGCGGCGGCGCGACAGCGACCCGCGAUCCUUCGCGGCCAGCUCGCGCGACCUGCAGCGAAUUGCGACCACGACCGAAGACAAGACCGCUCGAGGCCUGAGCCCGACCACCCAGUCGUCGUCUGGUCGCGGCAGCCGCAGCAGCAUUGGCAGCAGCACCGAGUUGCCGACAGGCCGCGAGCGCAGCGGCAGCGCGAUCGUAGUGCGCGACCGCGAAAAGAGCACCGCGUCCGACGCCAGCUCAGACAGCGGCUCGCUGUCCCCGGUACCGACGGCGGUGGCCGCUCAGGCGGCGCCCGAGGGCCGGGCGUCGACCCCUACGUCGGCGGCGGCGAAGCAGCUGCGCGAGUCCAAGUCACCCAGGGCGGACUCAGGCGAGCAGGCGCUGGAGGGAAGCGGGACGGGCGCGAGCACGCUCUCGGUUCAUAGUGGCCGCCGCAGCAGGAAGGAGGGCCACAAGCGCAGUCACUCCUCCGACUCUCGGGAGACCGACGCCAUCAUUGACUUGGAAUUGGACGCCCUGAAGGACUUGGUGGUAGGUGAUCUGAGUCUGGACCUGGACCUGAAGCUGGGUAUCAUAAAGACCAGCCCGAACGAAGGAGCGACAACCACACAAAAGCGGAGCAGCAAACACUCCAGCCGAGGCGACGACGCCUCGGAUUCGGCUUCGCUGUCAAGCGGGACCCGAUCACAGGCGACGAAGCACGACAAGAAGAAGCUCCGGAGCGUCAGCCAGAGCUCGCGCAACAACGUGCGCGACAUGAACGCGCGCCCAGCAGCCGACAAGAGCAAGAAGGCUUCCCAUGACGCCGACGACGACGACGACGAACGCCAGAGCCUGAAGCUGCUGCUGGCCUCGCUCGGCCCGGGAGCGCUCACCAUCCCCGCUGUCGAGCCCUCAUCGUUGUCGUCGGCCUCGGCGCUGUCUCUCUCCGCGGCCAAAGCCAAGUCUAAGUCCAGGAGCGGCGACACCGGCCCUGUGCGCAAACAACAGACACGGGAGCGCGCCGCGUCAGCAAAGACCAUCGUCACCGCCGCGGCUAACAACAACAACAACAACAAAAAUGGCGGCGGCAAAAGCGUCGAGAUGAACGACCGAGUGAAGGAGCUAGAGGAGCGGGAGAAGAAGCUGAUCGAGUGGGAGGAGCAGCUGUUCAAGGAGGAGAUGGAGCGCGACGAGAAGCGCGAGACGGAGGUGGCGAGCCGGGCCAAGGCGGCGGACGAGCUCGAGCGCGAGGUGCGCAGGCGCGAGGCGGCCGUGGUCGACCGCGAGCGGGCAGUGGACGACGUGCUCCGGCAGCGCGAGCAGGAGAUCGAGCAGCGGCUCAGCGAGAAGGUGGCGGAGGAGGUGCGCAAGACGUUCGAGGCCCGCAUGCUCAUCCUCGUUGACUGGGAGGAGAGGCUGCGCAAGCAGGAGUCCGACUUUCGCGAACGGGAGGUGAGUCGACUGGGCCUGAAGAGCGUGGCCCGCUACGAUGAGCUGUUGCAGGUCGGGACGGGGCGCGUAGUCCGCAUGCAGUGCUAUGUGCGCCGGGCGCUCGCUCGGCUUCGGGUCCAGCGCGCUCUGGGCGAUGGGCCGGGCCGAGACCCGGUGAUGAAGCAGCUCAAGAGUCGCGCCGGCACGCUCAACGAGAUCAUCAAAUCCGAGGCCGCCUACGUGCAGUACUUGACCGUGCUCAUGGAGGCGUUCGCUGUGCCCAUUCGGCAGAAGGAGGUGCUGCGAUUGGACGACCAGCUGUGCCUCUUUGCCAACAUCGGUAGUGUCCUGUCGCUGCACCAACGGUUCCUCGGCGACCUCAAGGACCGCUAUGCCAGUUGGCCAUCGCAGCCGAUGCUUGGGGAUCUCUUCUGUAAGUUUAUGAAACUGUUCCACGAGGAGUACGCGGUGUACGUGCUGUCCUACCACGCGUCGAUCGAGCUCCUGCACCGACUCAAGGCCUCGCCCACCAAGACCGCGUUCCUGUCCUUCGUCGAGGUAACGAACGAGCCCCCCCCCGGAAUGGAGGGGCUUACGGUCAUGCUGCAGAAAACGCAGUCCGAGCGAUCCAAGCAGCUCCGCGGGCUCGACCUCUCAUCCUUUUUGAUUAUGCCCGUGCAACGAAUCCCACGCUAUCAGAUCCUGCUCGCGAUCAAAGGGCUGAACGAGUCGCUGAACGACAAGCAGAAGGAGGCCGACCUGCUGCGGCGGGUGCAGGAACUGGAGCGGAAGAAGAGCGAGAGCCAGACGCCGCUCAGGCGGAGCAAGUCCAUGCGCGCCCUCCUCUUCUCCCUCUCCAAGCGGCGCGGCAGCCUCACCUCCGACGGGGACGGCCAGUACGGCAAGCACCUCACCGUCAACGCCAUCCAUCGGCAACCCGCCAAGGCGCGCGCCGAGCCGGGCAGCUUGCUCAAGGUCUUCGUGCACCAGGGCAAGAACCUGCUGCCCACAGGUGAGGAUGCUCGCACGGUGCCGGAUCCGUAUUGUAUGAUCACACUGAGUGGCCAGAUGCUGCGAACGUCCAUAAUCGAGGGGACCUCCGACCCUCAGUGGAAUCAGGACUUCACCUAUAAUGUGACGAGCGUGAGCGACAGCCUGUGCGUGACGUGCUACGAUUGGAACCAGUCGGCGCGGAGCCGGCCGUUGGGUUUCAUCGAACUGCCCUUCUCCGUCAUCGCCGAGAUCGCCCAGGGCACCGCCCAGUGGUGCGGCCCGUCUCGCCCACCCGUCCCAUGGGGCCACGGCUCCUUCCAGGCCACGUCGCCAUCAUCAUUGGCCUCAUCGGCGCUGGCCACGCGGAUGUCGACGUCGUCAGCGUCGCUGCGGCUCCCGCACCAGGACUCUCUACUGCCCGCGCUGCGCCACGGCCGCGCCUCGAUGCCGCCCACGCUCCAGCUCUCGGGCCUGCCCGCGGCCGCGGCCACCGGCGAAUCGUCGCCCGAUGGCGGCGGCGUCCGUCCGUCGCCGCGGCCGCGUCGGCUGACGCCCUACUCGGUGGUGCCCUCGACGGAGAUGGGCGCGUCGGCCGACGAUGUCGAGUGGCUGGCAGAGAUGGAGGUGCAGCUCUCCUUCGCGCUCCACCAGAUCGACACGGCCCACACCGACGUUCAGGCCCGAAAGCGCUGCGACUCUACCUUGGUCCUUGGGUAG